CGCCGCCGCCGCCCCGGCCGCCGCCGGCGGAGCGCAGCGGGGCCAUGUCGGCUCCGCGAGCCGCGGCGCCGGGCCCCGGCGGCGGGGCGGCGGAACGCGAGCCGGUGCCGGUGCCGGUGCGCGGCCGGGGGCUGGAGCUGGGGAGCAGCACACAGACGUCGCACCGACUGCUGGCCUACAGCGAUGCCCUGCUCUCCAUCAUAGCCACGGUGAUGAUUUUGCCCGUGGCUCACACAAAAAUACAUCCUGAUCAGAAACUAGGUGAAAGUAUUCAGCAACUUCUUCUAGCAAAAAUUGCAGUCUACUUGAUGACCUUCUUAAUAGUCACAGUGGCAUGGGCAGCUCAUGUCAGGUUGUUUCAGGUGAUAGAGCUUAUAGAUGAUGUCCUUGCUCUUCUAAAUCUGGCUUGUAUGAUGAUCAUAACUUUCUUGCCAUACACAUUUUCCUUGAUGGCCUCCUUUCCAGAGGUACCUUUUGGCAUUUUCCUGUUCAGUGUCUGUGCUGUUGUCAUUGGCCUUAUACAGGCUGUGAUAGUAGUGUAUGGAUUCUAUCACCCACACUUACUGAACCAACAGAUACAGGUGUCUGAAAAUCAGAAUUUCUAUAAAAGUCAUAUCUUAAAGAUUAUCCUAAGAGGACCAGUUUUAUGCUUUUUAGCAGCCAUCUUUUCUUUUUUCUUUAUUCCUUUGUCUUAUGUACUCCUUGGGCUCGUAAUCAUUUUUCCGCAUCUCACUCGAUUCAUUACAUGGUGUAAAACCAAGAUUGCUGGUCAGAGAGAUGAAGAGGAGGAACACCAGAGCUUAGAAACCUUUACUUUUUACCUCAGUGAGCCUCUGAGUAAGGAACGGGUAGAAGCAUUCAGUGAUGGAGUCUAUGCUAUUGUAGCAACCCUGCUCAUUUUAGAUAUAUGUGAAGACAAUGUCCCUGAUCCCAGAGAAGUUGAGGAGAAGUUCCACGGCAGCCUUCUUGAAGCUUUAAGUGAAUAUGGGCCAAACUACCUUGCCUACUUUGGCUCAUUUGUAACAAUUGGUCUCCUGUGGUUUGUCCAUCACUCACUUUUCCUUUAUGUAACAAAAGCUACACGAUUAAUGGGACUGCUUAACAUACUUUCAUUGGCCUUCAUUGGUGGGCUUCCACUAGCUUACCAGCUGACCAGUGAAUUUGCAGAGAAGUCUCACAAUGAAAUAGAAGCCAUUCAGGUCAGCUGUGUUAGCACUUUCUUUGCCAGCAUAUUUCAGUUUGCAAUAUGGACUACAGCCCUCCUCCAUGAAAGGGAAACUUUGCAUCCUUUUGCUAGAUACGGUGGCAAGGAGCACGCCUUCAUGUUUGCCAAGCUGGCACUCUACCCUUGUGUAAGCCUUGGGGCCUUCUUUCUAACAUGCUUGUUAAGUGAAUUUAGCACAGCAAUUUUCCAUCUUAUGCAGAUUGUAAUCCCAUUUGCUUUUCUUGCCUUGCGCAUUUUUGUUAGAAUUUCUUUAGCUGUCAUAAAGUCCGUGAUGUCUCUCUCCAGACGGAAGGUUGUAUUGUUAGAAGAAGAGGAGGCAUGUUUGUCUGCUACUGAAACACUGUCCUAAAUUUCCACACAGUGCAUGUGAAGUUACAACAUUAACUUCAGUUCUUCUAACUCACAUUAUCUUCAUGUGUGGAUUAUAUUGAUCUAAACCAAAGCCUGUGUUGGCCAUAACCAGGGCAUAUUUUAAGUUUUAGCUGGUCAUGCUUGAGACCCUUUCUCCAAAAUCUGCAAUUGAAAAAAAUGGAUAAAUAGGGGAUAGAAAGAAAAGCAUGUUCCCCUUCCUUUAGAGCUACCCUUUUGGAAAAAAUGCUGCUUGAUAUGUAACUGCAGUGAUGAUCAAUUAAGAAGUGCACAACAGAUGCCCAGAAAAAUGCCCUUUUUCCGGAGAUAUGGCAGUCAUUAUGGCAGCCAAAUACAGGUAUAGAAGCUGGUUGUGCUACUGUAAGACAGGGAGUGAGGCUUGGAAGACAUGGAGACCUCUGGAUGUCUGGUUGGUGCAUCAUAGUAGAAUGUUUGUGCAUACAGGUUGCUGGUCUCUGCCCCCCCCCCCCCUUUUAUUUUUUGUAGUGGUUACACUGUCUCUUCUGCACAGUCACAAACUUGUGGUAGCAUUUUGAAAACUACAUGUGUUGGAGUGGCUCUGAGUGAGUUUAGAUGGGAGUUGCCAUUGUGACCCAUAUGCAAUCUUCCAGGCUACCUGAAUGCAAGUUCUUGAGGCAUAUCUGUUCUUUUAAAAAAGGAUGUAUUUAACAAGUGAGGGUUCAUGUGGCUAUGUAUCCAGGGUUUGAACUAGCUUUGAUAUCUCCCAGGGAAGAGAUUCAAAGAGCUGUGGGACUAGAGGUAAAUCUGUUUUCAGUUCUGAAGCCGCUGCUCAUCUGAAAGGAAAGGUUUGGAUUUCUCAGGCUUUUUGUGUCUUUUUUCAUGCCUAUUGAAAGGAACAUACUUCUGUUGUUCCGAAGGUAUGAUGUCAUAUUCAGAGAGAGUAUGAGACUUUCCUGCCAUGUGUAAGAGUUCCCCAUCAGGUAAGGGAGUUGAGUUUCUCACUAAGUAGAGGCUAACUAAGUGAUCCCACAGAUUUCUGAGUCUCAGCAAGACAGCAAAAGAAACUAAGCCUGUACAAGUUCCAGUCCAUGGCAUGUUGAAUUUUUUUACACUUAUGUGCAGUUUGAUAAGCUUUAUGCCUAUCAAACACCCUGCAGAGAGCUGUACAGAAGGAGUGGGCAAAGUCAUCUAGUCUCUGGCUGCCCUGGAAGGCUUUACAUUUCUUUUUGGCAAAGCCAUUAGUUUGUGUCUUGAGUUGUCUUAGUAUGUGAUAACUUUAAUGCCAUAUUUAAAGGCAUUUGAGGGAUUUUGUUGUUCCUCUUGAAAAAAUUUCAAACAUACCAAGAAAGUAUGCCUGGAGAAAUUUUUAGUGAAAACAAAUUGAGAUACAUCAUUUCAGCUGAGAUCAGUCUUGAAAGCACUUGUGCUUUUGGUUUGAAGCACCUUGGUACUAAUAUGCAAUUGUUAGUAUGACAUGCUUCUUCUGAGAGAGUAUGUUCAGAUAUUCAAGGGGUGUUAUCCCUGGUUGAGGUUAAAUGACUUGCAGUAUGAUUCUGCAUUGUGUUGUGUAUCGCAGGCUUUUUCUGAUAUUUAAUAAACACUUUUGGUUCUAUAUGGUUUGUUUCUAAUGUGCAGCUGGCACAUAAUAAACAGUGAAUAUGUGUAUUUGUAAUAAAUUUCAGUCAGUGAAAAAACAAA